AUGUCUCACUUCCCGGCCGCCAAAGCAGCUCUGCUCUUUGCUCUCAUCAGCGUGACCACCGCGAGUUUGACCGGAGUGAUACUGAAUCCACUCAUCAGCGGGACAGAAGGAGCGUUAAAGUGGCAGCCGGUCCUUGACUGGGACAAGGACGUAUGCUAUCAGACUUCGGCCAUCGACUCCAACGGCAACACCAAUCCAGGCCUGGGUCCAAAAUAUUCCGUGAGCGAGUGUCGCGAUUCGUCGCACCAAUGGAACUGCAACACUUACGCACGUGAGCGAUGCAACCACGGAUGGUGCGUCUACAUGUACGCCUAUCACAGCGAGAUGGACAGGGCGGUAGCCGACACUACUGGGGAUCGGCACGAUUGGGAGCAUGCCAUGGUCUGGACGCGUGGCGGGGCUGCAUGGUCCGUUAUGUGGUCUGCUCACGAUGACGACGCCGACCCACGGGAUGUUCGCUGGGAGGGUUACCACCCAAAAUUGGUCGCGCAUCGUGGCGGGGCGAACAUGGCGUCACUACGUCUCGCGAAGGCGGCGGAUGACGACAUCGAGAAUGACUUAGAGAUAUGGCAGGCAUGCCAUCUUCAACAGAUCGGCGUCAUGGACAACGGUCUCGCUCAAAAACUCUUGAACACGAACUGGGGAAAUGCCCACAUGGACCUGCCUGAUAGCCGCUUCCAGGAACAAUUGGAAAAGUACAUGCCAAAGCAGGCCAGACAGGACGGCUUUACUGCGCGCGACUAG